UCCAAACACAGGCAUAGCAACACAAGGACAAGGACACCGACCACCUGAAACACCAAUCACUUUCUGUACUACCUACCUCCUUGCACUUCUUUCCGCUUCCGUCCAUCUAGCAAACAACUCUUCUGACUCAAUGCUCUUCUCCCCAGCCCUUUCGCCUCCAUCCAACUCAACAGGCACCAACUUGAUAUAGCACACUAGUCAAGAUGGAGGUCCUGCUAGCAAAGGUCACCCAGCAGGCCAUGAGCUAUGCUAUUCGCAGUGGCAUAGCAAUCACGAGCACAUAUGCGCUUAAACAAUGUGGUCGACUCAUGAAGACAGUCGAGGGUCGUGAGAAAGAGGAGCUUGCUACACUACAGUUCAGGCUGGAUUCCAAGAUCAAGAUCAUCUCUCCGGCAAUAGACAUGAUCGAACUCAUUGCUGCCCGUGGAAACACGUCUCUUGAGUCAGCUGUCACGCUCACCAAAUCCCUUCGAUGGGACAUUCAAGAGCUAGGCAAUCGCGUAGAGAAGGCCGUAGCAGAAGAGCAGCUUUCUCGUAGGGGCAGCUCGAAGGCUAAGUCACGAGCUCAAAACGACCUCGAGCUGAAGAUCAUCAUCUCUGAUAUGAAGAAACUCCUGGACCGCAUCGAAGAUGCAGUUCCGUUGAUCAAUCUGGCGAUCACAACUUCCGGAGUCAGCCUUUCCCACACGCUCCCAGCCACAGUGUCACCAUCUCGACUUCUGCAGGCGAGUACCUUUUUGACCUCCGGAGAUGGCCAGUACUGCAUGACAAAACCAAGGGCGCAGCAGAUUGGACCGACCUUUUUCCUUUCCAUGUAUAUGUUGUUUGCGGGUUAUGCAAAUAGACCACACGAAGAGGGCAUUCGCGAAACCACAUGGAAAGAGGUGAUGCACAAGGCUCGUGUAACACUUCUCAGAGUUCCACUUGACAACGUCUACGACUAUCCAAUACCUUUUGGGUCGAACGUCCGACGGGCUGAUGAGGCUAAUCACAAUCACAUACCGUCCGACAGCAAAUUGCAAGAAUACGCCUAUCAGUUACUCAUUGUUGAGGAUCUCGAUGACGGCCGUAUGCACAACUACGAGGAUGAUGAGCCAUGCCCAGAACCAUAUGAUGGGAUUGCGCAAGCGGGUCUUCGCGAGAUCGUACCCAUCCACGAGAUUUCUAAAAUCUUCUACGCGGAUACUGGCAAGAUCCUCAAUAUCGGUACCGAGGGAGAGUCCAGCAACCCUAUUUUGCUACUCAAGCGCGACAUCAACGCGACACCUCCACGCCGCACCAUGGAGCGAGCGGCCACUGAGACCGGUUAUGAGUCGGACGAUUCGCACACAGUCGGCGCUGAUCGAACGGACGAUGAGCAGUCAGAGCUGGAUGAUCAGUUGCGCCGAGAAUCAACACCGGAUUUGCACGAAGAGCUUCACCAAGAACCUGCGAUGCCCAAAUUUCCCUGGCGUCUUCCGCCAACGCUUGACCUCGAAUGGAUGGCAUUCGAAGUAUACACAGAAGAGCCGUCAACCGACUCCGAACUCGACGAAACUGAGGACUCCGAGUUGGACCUUCCGUCACCCUCGCCAGCAUACACGGAGUCUCAACGUUCGCGCUCAGAGUCCCCAAGCCUUCUCGAAGACCUCUCGAAUCUAAACAUCGAUUCAUCAACGCCCUCCGACUCACCCCAACCCACCCACCAAACCCAGCUCAUCCCCUCCCCCCAAAAGAAACCCGCACCAAUAACCCGAAACACACCCCAGCCACCACCCCCCGCCCUCCCCGCCAUAAAAACCUCCCUCUCCCUCCUCGAAAUGCUCAUCCGCCUCACCGCCCUCCAGCAAUUCCAGCAAUCAUCCCACCUCGCCAUCCCCGACGAAUUCCUCACCUUCUUCCUCUCGGAAAGCAGCACCUCGGGCGCAGGCGGCGACGCCGACCUGCGCCGUCGCUACCGUCGCGAAGCCCGCAUGAGAGUCGGCUUCGACCCGUAUGACGAGAGUCCCAUCAAGCGCCGCGGCGAAGAGUACCUCGCUCAUGAAUUCCACGACCAUGACGACGCGGACGAUCCGCCGCCAUUCGACUACGACGCCUAUCCCACACGCGGCUCCUACCCCAGCUCCCGCUCCCCGUCUAUCAAUAGCUCCGCGCCCGCGUCUAGCAGCCGGCCUAACUCAACGGCUAGUCUGCUCAAGGGCGCGAGGUCGGAGGUGUCUCAUGCGUCGUCGCCUAGUCCGCUGCUGAGGCGCGCGACGACGCAGCCGGGGGGGAAUAGGGCGCUUAGGCAGCCGAGUUUUAGGAUUGGGCAUGUUGUGUUGCCGAGGCCCGGGCGCAGACCGGAGACGCCGCCGGGUGCUGGGACGUAGGUGGAUGGGUAGGUAGAUUUCUUGUGGUGGGGAGGAGUUUUCGAAUGGAGGGGGUUUGAGCAUGAAGAUACGGAGUUUGAGAUACCACUACAUCAUAGCAUAGCAUAGCAUAUCACAGCAUACAAUCAAAUAGCAUAGCGAACAUCAUAACCUCAUAAGAUCCCAUCCCCCACCAAAAACUCCCCCAAACCAAAGUAAAGAAAAAGAAAACAAGCUACUCCCAAUCCUCCUCCUCACUCUCCUCACCACCCCCCCUCUUCUCCCUAUCCGCACCCCCCUGCAGCGGACUCCCCGUCGCGCGACUCGUCGCCCCGCUCACCAGGUCAUAACUCGCAUCGCU